AUGGAGAAGCUGCGUAAGGUGGUGAACGAAAUCGCCUACACGCGAGACCACAGUAAUUCCCCUGCUCUUCACCGAUCUCUCGUUCCCCUCUUGACAUUCGCUUCUUCUCUCUACGGAAUCGCUCUCCAAAUCCGCCGCUCUCUCUACCGCUCUUCCGUCUUCCAUCAACACCGAUUGCCGGUUCCGGUGAUCAGCGUUGGGAAUCUGAGCUGGGGAGGAAACGGGAAGACGCCCAUGGUUGAAUACAUUUCGCGAUUACUCGUCGAGUCUGGAAUUUCACCGCUUAUUCUCACUCGUGGUUAUGGUGGUGGAGAUGAAGCCAGAAUGCUUGAAAGACAUGUUCAAGGUGGACCGACAAAGAUCGGUGUUGGAGCAAACCGUGCAGCUUCUGCUGCCUCGUAUUUUGAAAAGUAUGGCUGUGUAAAUCCUUCUUCUUUGAGGACAUACUUUGGUCAAUCUUUGCUCCAUGGAAGAGCAGAAGCAAGGACUAGUUCAGAAAAACUUGGCUCUGUCAUUCUAGAUGAUGGGAUGCAGCAUUGGAGUUUGUGUCGUGACCUCGAGAUUGUGAUGGUUAACGGGCUGAAUCCGUGGGGAAAUGGUAAUUUACUUCCCCUUGGUCCCUUACGAGAGUCUCUUGCAGCGCUUGAGCGGGCAGAUAUAGCUGUUGUACAUAACGUCCACUUGAUGACUGAACAAAGCCUCAUAGAUGUUGAGAACACGAUACAUGGAUUCAAAAACUCGGUACCGAUUUUCUUCUCCAAGAUGGUGCCCAAACACUUGUUCCAUGUUGAAAAUGCCAUGUCACAUGUAUCUUUAGAAGCAUUGCGCGAUGCCACUGUGCUAUGUGUAUCCGCAAUUGGAUCCGCUGACGCGUUUGUCAAUAGCAUCGGGAGGACGGGAGCACGUUAUGUUGAUAGACUUGAUUUCAGUGACCAUCAUGUAUUUGGAGCACAGGAUGUCGAAACUAUGAGAAAGAGAGCCAAGGAACUAGAGCACAUAUAUAAAUCCAAGCCUAUAAUCGUUGUCGUGACAGAAAAGGAUUAUGAUAGAGACCCGGAGAUUCUCAAAUGUCUGGACUCGAGCACAGCAUUGUUAAAGUCAAGUUUAUCUUACUGUAUUCGUUUCUUGCGUCAUCUGCAUGAUCCAAAAGCCACACUAACCUCAAUAGUCACCAUCAUCAAAAGAAAAGAAACUGAUUUGUUGACCGUGAUGUACAACAACCAGAUGGACCAGCAGGAACUAAAGUCAGCAAGCAAGGAUCUCAUCAACAUCAACGAGCCGCCGAGAGAGACUACUCCAAUGGAUAUCGACCCUAACCAGCAGAAUCAUCGCGACCUUACCCUGAAGCCGCAUCAGAACCACAACGAUAACCAUUACGAUGAAGAGGAGGAAUCACUCAAACGUGAGCAGACUGAAGAAGACGAGCGUCCUCCUCCUGUCUGCGUUCUCAACAAAGAAGCUCCACUACCUCUCCUCCAGUACAAACGCAGACGCCAAAACGACUCCAACAACAACUCAACAAGGACGACACAGGAGCAUUGCUCGUCCACCACAAGGUCCACAACAACCGUCGACAAUACACCUACGUUAGUCUCAUCAUCCGCUGCUGCUGCCACCAACACAGCCAUCUCUGCUUUGCUUGAGUUCUCGCUCAUGGGCAUCUCUGACAAGAAAGAAAACCUGCAGCCUUCUCUUAACAAGGAAGCUUCUCCUCCUACACCAGUUUCGACUCCUGAAGAGAAGGUCAAUGAUCUCCAAAAGGAGAUUCACCACAUGUCUGUUGAGAGAGAGACUUUCAAGCUUGAGAUGAUGAGUGCAGAAGCUAUGAUCGAUCCACUGCGUCAAGGAGAACGAUGA